AUGGCGACGACCAAUGGCACCAUCCCCGCAGAGGAUGCAGCUGGACAGACGGUCGCUGCCAUUGCGGCGGCCGACACAAUCUCGGCGGAUGAGAUCGCACUCUACGACCGCCAGAUCCGGCUAUGGGGUGUGCAAGCCCAAGAGAAAAUCCGCACCGCCAACAUCCUCCUCGUUUCCAUCAAGGCGCUCGCCAACGAAAUCGCAAAGAACCUCGUCCUCGCAGGCAUAGGCUCCAUCACGCUGGCAGACCACGAAACCGUCACAGAAGCUGAUCUCGGUGCACAAUUCUUCCUUAGCGAUGCCGACGUAGGCAAGAACCGCGCCGAAGCAGCAGCCCCCCAAGUCCAGAAGCUCAAUCCCCGCGUCAAGGUCAACGUCCUCUCGACCGAUGUACGCAACGAGCAAGACCUCAAUUUCUACGCAAACUACGAUGUGAUCAUCGCCACGGAUAUGGACUUCCUGUCCUUUAGCGCACUGAACGCCGGCGCACGAAUCGCACGCAAGUCCUUCUACGCUGGCGCCUCGCACGGUCUAUACGGGUACAUCUUCGCCGACCUCGUCGAGCACAACUUUGUCAUUGAGCGCGAGAAGAGCAACCGCGCGACGCAGACGGGGCCUGAGAGCGCAACCAGGAACGUGACGGGCGUUCAGGUCAAGAGGGAGAGCGGCAAGGUGGUCGAGUUGGUGAGCAAGCAAGAGCUGUACAGUCCGCUCAUGCUGGCAAAAGACUCCCCCCUACCACCGGACAUUGCAGGAAACACGAGGAGGCUGAAGAAAGUCCACCCACUGCUAACCUGCGUUCGCGCACUGUGGGAAUACCAACGCAACGGCCAUGGCAUCUUCCCAUCCCACACCCCUCAGGAUCUGCAGCUCUUUACUACCCUCGCAAACGUCAAGCACAAGGAACUCCUGCUCCCGCCCGAGUCUCUCAAGGCAGACUUUCUCCGCAGUUUCUUGCAGAAUCUGGGUAGCGAACUCGCGCCCGUUACGGCUUUUCUGGGCGGGCAGCUGGCACAAGAUGUCAUCAAUGUGUUGGGCCAGAGGGAGCAGCCGAUUCAGAACCUCAUGCUGUUCGAUGGAGAGGAUAGUGCAGGGCCCGUGUACACGCUUCAUCCGAUUUUCCCGGGGACGAGUGUACCUAUCAUUCCGAGUGUACCGGUGGAGGCACCCAUUUUGGUGGUUUAG